AUGCUCGGACGUCGCUUGCUUCGAGUCGUGCCCCGCCUAUCCACGAGCCGCUUCGUCGCGUCAGUGUCGGAAGGAACCGCAACAAAGGAGCCGAUUGGAAACGAGAGCAGCUUCUCCCGAUACGCUGGCAUGGCGGUUUUUGGCGCAGUGACGGCAACGACGGCAUAUCUGGGCAUGUGGCAGGUCGAACGCUACUACUGGAAAGUGGAUCUGGUCAAAGAGCGCACCAAGGAGCUGUCGGAAUCGGUCAUUGAGCUGCCGAAGAACGCGACAGCGAGCGAUGCCACAGAUGACAUCGAGUACCGCCAGCUUCGUGUGGACGGCCGUUUCAAGCCUGGCAGCACGUUUUACUUGUAUCCCCGGUCUGCCCCUGCCGACCCAAACGAUUCGGUGGCAACCGUGAAGUCUGGUGGCUACAUUUACUCGCUGCUGGAGCGAGAGAAUGGAACGCCAGUGAUCGUGAACCGAGGCUGGUUGCCUCGCGAGCUUCUGGAUGCUCACAUGGCACGCGAUAAGAAGGAGGAGGACGUGAACGUCUCGUUUGUCGGCGUGCUUCGUCACGAAGAAGUCAGGAACCGUUUCACGCCAGACAACGAUCCAGAAAAUCGCCACUUCUUCUACGUGGACCAGAGAGAACUUGCUGAUGCCAUGGGCGUCACAUCGACCGACUUGCCCGUCAUGGUCGAUGCGCUGGCGGUUGAGGGCGCAAGUGCUGAAGUGACGCUUGACAAGCCCAUGCAAAAGAGUCUUGCGUCGUAUUUGGAGUUCUACAUGACGCCGGAGAAGCAUGUUGGAUACGCUGCAACCUGGUUCGGCACCAGCCUUGCAGCCGCAAUCAUGGGCAUGCUGCGCUUCAAAAAAGGAGCCGCACGAGCUCGUCGUGCCAAAUUUGACUACCGCUGA